CAUCCUCUCUUUCCCUUCGCCAUCGAUUCUCCGAGCUCGAAACGAAUCCUCUCUCUCAGCUUAUAGAUACCCUAAUCAAGAAGAAGUGAAAGAUGCAUCCUCCACUUACACCACAUAGACAUCCAAUGUGUCUGGAGAUAAUUGAGGAAUUUCAAAGGUGUCAUAUAGAUCAUCCGAUUGGGAAAUUCUUCGGAGAAUGUACAGAGCUGAAAGUAAAGCUUGAUCGAUGUUUCCGCCAAGAGAAAGCUGUGAAGCGGAAGGUAAAUUUCGAACAAAGCAAGAAACUUCAAGAAAGACUGAAAGCUAUAAGGAAAGAAGAAACCGCAGAGACUUGAGCAUUGUUGGAUUUCAAUCCGAUAAAAGAACAUAUGUCUAUUUCAAAAGAACACAUUUCUAAAUCAAUCCAGAAAGAAGAGUUUGAUACUCUUUUGCCUCGUAAAUGAGUGGAAAAACAUAGUAUUACACUUCUAUUGAUUAGGGUUUUUAGCGUUUUGAAAUGAAGCAGGUUAUUGGAG